AUGUCCUACCUCAACUCGGACGUAUUCCGCUUGAAGGGCCAGGUGCGGCACCUGGAGCAGGAGGUGAGUACCCACAUUAACCUGGCACACAGCGCAAUGAGCCAUACCAACAACAGACUCAGCACCAUCGAAGCAAACCUCGAGUGGUGCACCCAGCAAGUGGAUACCUUUGCGCACAGUAGUGCCGAUACAAAGGACCACCAGGAGAUUCUGUCGGUGCAUCACGGACGACUCGAGGACCAACAAGCCAAGCUCGAUGGCCAACUAGCCCAACUCGACCAAGUCACUGGGUAUCUCAGGGCCCGCGAGCCCGAAGUCAAGAAGCUGGAGGCCCGCAUCGAGGAGCUGGAGCAACACAGCCGAGAGUGCAAAUUCCGUCUCGAGCAGCUGGGGCAACGCGACCGAGUCCGCGAAGCUCAACUCAAGAAGAUGCAGGACAGCAUCGUGGCUCUGAUGAGCCAGAAUAAAGACCUGGAACUCAAGAUCCGACAAAGCCAAAAGACAAUCAUGGACAAAUUCGACGAGGUCGAAGAGACGCCGCUGGCGACGCGGUCCGACGACGAAGCCGACGACGACGACGACUACGACGACGGUAACGACUCUCGUUCGGAUUACCGAAUGACCUGGGAUGAAGAUGCGUACUAG